UGACAAUGAAGCUUUUCUGGUUAAAAUGGAUGAACAAUUUUGGAAUGAACUUUUUUGUUUGGAAAAAGGAAUUGAAAAACACGAAAAGGAUGAUAAGGAUAUUAAAUUAUUUUUUGAUAAAUAUAUUGAUAAAUUAGUAAAAGGGGGGAAUAAACAAAUAUUUGAUUUGAAGUAUUGGAGUGUUUUUAUUGAUAAAAAGAAUGAAUGGAUUGAAAAUAUUGUUAAAAAAUAUUUUAUUGAAGGAGAAAAUAAUUUUGAAAAUAUGUUAAUUCAACAAAUUUCUUCCAAUAGAAAAAUUAAAACAAUUAAUAAAGUUAUCAAAAAUUUUGAUAAAAAUUUAUCUUUAAUUGGAGAAAUGAUUGUUGGAAAUUAUUUUAUUUUUGGAGAAGAACCUACAAAUGCAGAUAUUUGUUUAUUUGCUGUAUUAAUUCAAUUCUUUGAAGAUCCUGCUAUUUUGAAUAUUCCACAACUUGCUUACUUUUUCCGAUUAAAAGGAUCUUCAAAUAAUGUUGGAAGUACUAGUCAAGUUUAUAACCAAAAAGGAAAAGGUAAAGAAAUUAUUCCGAAUGAAGAGGAUGACAUUAUUGAAGAGGUAAAAGAAGAAAAAGAAAUUGUUGAGAAUAAAGGACUUAUAAUUGAAUUUGAAGAUGAUAGAAUUAAUAUUUUAUUUAAUUUUGUACAAAAUAUGAAAAGAAAAUUAGGUUUUAAUGAAGAAAGUGAUUGGCAGAAUUCGAGAGAAUCUCCGUGGGAAUUGAAUUACGAACCUGAGGAUUUUUCACAGAAAAGAUAUAUUGGUCCAUUCCAACUCGAAACAGAUGAAUUACUUGGAAUAAAUAAAUUAAUUGGUUACAAUAAAUGGUCAGAAAUUUGGUCAUUAAUUAUUGGAAAAAAUGAAUAUUUAAAGAAGAAAAAUGGCAAUUUAUGGAAAAAAAUUAGAAAAACAUUUAAAGGAAAAUUAAAACCUUCGGAAGAAGAUUUUAACGAAUUAACACGAAAAAUUAUAGGAAAAAUUUAUGAAUUUAUAAAUGUUCAUUUUACUUUAAAAUUAGAAUUUGAUUAUUUUGGAAAAAUUUCUUUUAAUUUUUUGGCUAGUUAUAUUUGCAAUAUUGGAAGGGAAUAUUCAAUUGAGGAUGGAGAUGAAUGCUAUAAUAAAUAUAUUAAAAAAUUUAAAAAUCAAAAAAAGAUAUUUUGGUCGAUUAUGAGAGAGACUUACAUUGGACCAUUUGAAUUUAAAAAAGCAAAAAAUCUUAAAAAAGAUUUUUUGAACAAUGUAGAGACAUUAUGUAGUGAAGUAAUUAAAAUAGUUAAUAAUACUGUUGAGGAAAUUAAUUCUGAAAAAAUUAAUGGAAAUGUUCGAAAUGCAAUAAUUAUAGCAGAAGAGAAAGAAACAAUAAAAGAUUAA